AUGACUCUUAAAGAUCAGCCUUUUAUUGCUGUCUCCAGUCUAAAAGUUUUCUUAAAAUUUACUGGUACAUUGGAGCCUCGUAUAAAAGGUCGCAGGCUUCUUGGGGUAAGUACGGCAAAUUUAACGGUUGAAUCAAUACUCUACUGUUGCUGGGAAUCAUACAUCAAGGUUGAGGUCCAACUCAUAUUUUACAGUGUCAUGUCUCUCAAUCUCGGCUGCCGCUUUCGUUACCUCCUCGCCUUUCGAUCUCUCCAUACCAGCACCGUCCUUCCAAAAGGUAACAGUCAGCGUUACCGGGUGAAAUCCGGUGUUGGCAGUACCGGAUCCAAGGCAACUUCACGACGCGAGUCUGUGGCGAACAUGCGCGCUGCGUCUUCGCGGGCCAGAUGGGAGGCGGAAGCGGCGGCGGAGGCGAGAGUGAGGGACCUUCACCCUUUACCCACCCUCAACGUCUUCUUCGCUGAGCGGUUUGAGCGGAGGCGGUGGCCUCUGCGUGAUGCAGUAGCGAUGCUACGAGAGGCUGCAGUCCCCGAAAUGUUCAAUUGUCUGGAAAAUCCGCUCUACGCUAAGGCGACACUGAAUCAGCGGACAAAGAAGGCGAAUAAGUUUGUCUCGAAAUUGGAGACCUCCACCAUACUGCCACAUCAACUGAACUUUCUCCCAAAACGACGCAUCAUUGUUCUCACCAAUGACGCCGCGGUGGCAGAUGAGUGUGUCAAACAAUGGGGUGCAGUGGCUGCGGGAGGUGCGGACAUUGUCGGACGCCUGGAGGUGGGCGCAUUCCACUGGGAUGAGUAUGAUGACGUCGUUGCUCACCCCGACUUCGCUGAAGCCCUUCACAAGGUUCGAAAGAUUCUGCACAACCGUAUGCCCACUGUCAAAAACGGUCGAAUGGGCGAGGACGUGAUUGAAUUGUUAAAAGCUCAGCAAAUCUGUGUUCUUCUCAGUUCGGUUCCCGUGGAAGGUGUUCCCGAAAUAAACGAAAUUCAGAUGGUUUUAGGUCAGCUCUCCUGGGAUGACUCGCGGCUGGAAGAAAACCUCCACUGCUACCUGAAGGCAAUUGACGCAGCAAAAUCAACGCGUAUAAAUGGUGACCUUUUGGAGCGUGUGGAAGUUCUUUGCCCACCCUGUGGUGAGGCGUUCCAGCUUGCCGAAAUCCAUGCUUCUGGUGAGGCAAAUCGUACCACGGUGGAAGAAGGUGAUGAUGAAGAAGAGGAACGCGAUUCUGCUUAG